AUGAAUUCCGGGUCCGACUUUGGUACCGCGAUCCGCCAGAACAGUUCUCCCAAACACGACUUCCCACUGCAGAAUGGACCAAAUCAUCCGAUCGAGUACCAGAAUUACAUCGGUGCAGGAGGCGGAGGUGUAGGUGUUGGUGGAGGCGGUGUAGGUAUGCAAAACCAUCAGGCACAGCAGCAGGAUUUGACGAUCGAUGGCAUACCGAACAAUUUCCCCCAUCGGCGAUCGCGGGCAUCGCGAACAUUCAAGAAUCCACCGCAGCCACACAUGUGCAUCAAGGAGCGAACCGUGGACGGAAAGGAGGUGUUUAUCAACGUGCUCAGCUGGACGCGGAUCGCCAAUCCGGACAAUCCGGACGCACCGAUACCGCUGUACGGUGGUAUGAAAGUGGGCAAGAUUCCACCCGGUAGCCCGAAAGUGCCACCGCUAGUCUAUGCCGUAAUGGCCAGCCCAGAGGUACUGAAGAAGGCUGGUCGUAAAUGCCCCGACACACCGGAACGAAUGAAUCUGGUCGAUUUGAUGUGCGAGUUUGUGGAAGCCAUGAAUCCUUCUUUGCAUCUAUCGAGAAAACCUGAAAUACUCAAAGAUCGUGACCUGUCCGGUGAAUUGAAAGACGUAUGGAGUGCGGUACAGGCGUGUCGUGAUAAGGGCCGUUCAGAUAAUGGUCCUCCGGAGAAUCUAGUCGUCUACACCGAGUUCGGUCCGGACAGUGCACCUAGCUACGAGCAAACGAUACAACAACAUCAGCAGCAACAACAGCAUCAGCAUCAACUGCAAUAUCAACAGCAAUACGAGCAGCUUCCAAAUUCACAUGAACAGCAGAGUCGUUUUCCCUUAUCGGUUGGUUCAACCGGGCAGCAACAACAUUAUCCUUAUCAUCAUCAACAACAAAGUGCAAUUAAUCUCAACAACCACUGCAACUCCUCCAUACUUACCAGUAUUGAACAGCAGAUCUCAACGAUAUCCGUUACGGACGGUAUUGAAGGUACGAUCGGUACCAACGGCAUCACACCGACCACCGCGAACGGACCGAGCAACAGCGUUGAGAUGCUGACGAAGGAAACUGAAAGUCUGAAACUGUCUUCUAGCAACGGUAGUAGCAUCGUUACGGUUAGCAAAACCAACGGAAUAACACUGCCUAACGCGGAUGCUAGCACGAACGCCGCACCCCCAAUGACCUCGUCUUCUUCUCCAACUGUGCCACAAACGUCACCGACAAACUCUACGCCAGUGAUGCCUGCCAAGGAACCGACGAAAAGCUCUUCGGGACACAACUUUUUUCCCAUGUUUCGCUCGUCGAAAAGUAGCAACAGCAGCAGUAGCAGCUCUAGCGUUGCUGCUAAUAGUGGCAGCACUGGCGGUAACAUCAGUGCCGCUAACAACGCACAGUUAAGCUCAGGUACCGGACCCGGUGGAGAUAAGCCUUCCGUGAAUGGUGGUGCUGGUAGCGAAUCAAUGACAUCUUCCAACGCGUCCAGCGACAAUGGAACGUCCGAACCGCCGAAGGCAACGAAAACGAGCAGUAAAAAGAGUGGAUUAAACUUUUUCCGACGAAAUAAAUCGACCACGGAUGGUGGUGGCAGUAAGAAGGAACCCUCAACACCUACCAAACAACCGCCAGCGGCCGGAGUGCUUCCAGCCGGUAUUUCUUCAGCGACCUCAGGCCCUGCAACGCCGGCAGCCACGGGUGCAGCUUCUACCGGACCGGAGGCGAAAUUGCAGACGCUCAUGGACAACGAUGCCAUAUCGCACGGAAAUCAUCGCGGCCAUCAAAAUCAUCCAUAUCAUCUGGAUAGUGGUAGCAAUGGGAAUGGUGGGGGUGGUGGUGGUGAUAGUGGUAAUGGUGGAGAAAUCCUUGAAACAAGUGCCACUAUCGCUGCAAAGUAG